ACUCUAUUUAGAGCACAAUUGAUUGACCACGUGUGUUGAUCAACAACAAGCCAGAGGAUAAUUAUGUCAGACAAUGCUGCAUACGAGGCUAUAUCAAGAGCAGUCUCAGAUGCUGUUCUAAUUGGUGUGAAUUGGUGUGAGAGAAGGCCUUAGUGGACAACAAGGUAUGCUUACUUAUUUCUAGGCCUCCUGUAAAGAAGGGCUAUUAAGAUAAUCAUUCUGCACGCAGCAAAAUAGUUUUGGAAUCAUAAUUACUAGAGUGGUUCUCGAACUUUGGAACAGUUGAAUAGGUGUGGUUUAGCUACUACAUCUAGCUAGCUGUGGUUCUACCUAUACCUACCUACCUACCUACCUGUACCUACCCCCGAGGCCACGUGCAUUUUAAUUAUCUAAGCACAAUUUUGAAAUUAAAAUUAGAGCAGCAGAACAAAAAUUAAAUUAAAGGUGAAGGGUGCAAUCAAUCAUAUAAUAUAUCAUAUAUGUAUUUUAAUUAUACUGCCAUGUGUAUUUUCUCAGGAACUUUGCAUUCGAGGGCUGCAUUGCUAGGAGAGAGCUCUACGGCCAACAACUCAUUUUCAUCACCGAUGGCUGCAUCUCUAGGAGAGAGCUAACUGCCAGUAACUCAUUUUCUGCAUCUUUUUUGUCAUCAAAGCCAGACAAAAAACGAAAGCGUUCACUGCCUUCUGUGUUUGAGAAAAAGAAACAAAAAAAAUCUAGCAGCAGCAAGAAGACGACAUCCUUUUAUGUCAGAGAUAUUGAGGUAAUACCAAGGGAAUGGGGUAAAGACCACAGCCAUGUACCAAUUCCACGCAUGGAGAAAAGGAAGAUACUAUCUGAUGCUGGCCUUUUGGGAAAGUUCGAAUUUAAUUCGGAUAUGAGUGCUGAUGACGUAUCAAAAGAAAUUUGCACAGUGUUUUCUCAACCUUUCCAACUAUCCUUGAGUCUCAUUGAAAGGGGAGAGCGUUUCAAGUUUAAAUAUCUUCAAAAAUCUGGCGAAGGUACACGGUCGCUCUGCUGUCCGACGGUAAAAGAAAAUUUCGAGUGGACAGGGCGAGUGGUUUCCACGCUAGCCAAAAGUGGGGGAUGCAUCUAUUUGCUUGCUGAUGAAACUAUAGAGUGUCUCUAUGACAACCAGCAUUUGAGCAGUGAUGAGGAUAGCAUAAAUCUUCCAACUUAUAAGGACGAGAUAGAAAGCAAAUCUCCUCUGCAGUCAACUCUCCCUCUGUCCACGUCCACUACAUCUGUGCAGCCAGCUGAUAUUAUUGUGAUUGACUCAGAAUCUACCUCCAAGCCAAGUACAAGCUCUCACUUACCUUUGGAAGACAAUGAGCCUACGCCACAAUUCCAAGCAGCCGAUGAGCCUGCUAGAUCACAGUUCCAAAUAGCAGAGGAAUAUCAGCCCCAAAUACAAGCAGGGUCACAGGAAGACCUGAUCUCAAUGUUUGAAACAAAAUUUUCCCAGUCACAAAUUUCAACCAUUUAUCGCUUGUUUGGGCACGAUUUUGACGCAGCUGUAGAAUGCCUUUGUGUUGGCCCUACCCAAGAAAUGCUUCUAAAGCCAGUGAAAGAUUCCUUUGUCGAUGGGAGGUCACACAAGAUACACGUUGAUUCUAAUGAUAUAUGGUUGGACUUGGUUGGAGCAUACAAGGCAGGAAAUAUCGAGUUUUGCAGGCCGUCAAGGAUUUUACUCGACAACUCUCCAGCUAUUGACACUGGAGGUGUGCGACGUCAAGUUUUCAAUGAUGUGUUUCAAGCUUUCGCCGAUAACAAGCACAUUACCUUGUUUGAAGGUCCACCGAGGUAUCUCAGGCCAAUCAACAGCAUUGAAAUCCAAUCCACUGGGAUAAUGAAAGUCCUUGGGCAAAUGAUUUCUCAUUCUAUCGGCCAGGACGGAGUUGGCUUCCCCUACCUAUCACCAGUCUGCUUCUGGUACAUGGUUGGUGGUAUGGAUGAAGCACUUCCAUAUGUCACGAAAGAUGACCUGUCUCAUGCUGUGCAUUUAGUCGUAGAGGAGAUUGGUGAGAUUAACAAACAGGAAGAUGUCAAUGAGUUACUGUCAAAGGAUUACGUAUUGGAUGUUUUGCAGCAGUGUGUCGUGACCACACCGUUGACAGUUGACACGAAGUCUCAAGUAGCACAAAGCUUGCUUAUGUCAGAUGCUUUGUACCAAAGAAAGCCAGUUUUUGACAGCCUAGCUGAAGGUCUGAAGGCCUGUGGCAUCCUUAAGCUGAUGAGGAAUUUCCCGAGUUGUUUUGUCUCGCUUUUUGUUAGUACUGGUGAUUUGUCCAAUGAUGAUGUGUGUCAGGCACUCUACAAUAAUCAACCUACGGAAGACCAAGACAUUGCAAUCAAGCACUUGACAAAGUUCGUGAAGAAUCUCGAUCAAGAGGGUUUGGUGACAUUUGUGAAACACGUCACAGGAAUGAACUUUGUCAAAAAAAGAACCAUCCACGUCACGACUGUGCCUGACGCAAGGGGUGCUAUAACUGCUCAUGUUUGUUCAAACUCUAUCACACUUCCAGCAGGAGUUUUUGUCUCUACACAGGAAUCAUAUGAUCUGUUUGUGCAAGCAAUGAUGUCAAUACUUGCUUGCAACUCAUUUAACACUGUUUAAGUCGCGGGAACUUAUUGAACUUAUUAUUAUGCUGGGUUGGAACUUAUUAUUAAUUUUAUGAUUGGACUCGGCUCAUUAUUAUGAUUCCAUUUCCAUUUGUUUUGUCAUGAUUGAUAGGCAUAUAAUAGUUCUUAUUAUAUGCACUUCGUAUUUAUAUCCAGGAAGUCAAGUUCAAUUUUUUUUUAAUAUUUAUAUAUUUAUAUAGCCUAUUAAUUUUAAGUAUACAUGUAUGC